AUGUGUGCUUCAUGUGUACUGUCAGGUUUGAUGUGUCUAGCGGUAGUCUCUGCCGCUGCUUCUCCCACAUCAAAGCUGCAUGCUGCCCAUACGACAUUUGAUACCACUAUACCAGAAGAGUAUGCCAAUCUACGGAAUGGUCCACAAAUGAGUGACAACAUAAUCGCCCUGACCAGCAAGCGCAGUGAUGGCGUGAAUGGGGUGUAUGAGAAGUCUCGUAGACGACGACAGACAGAGAGUGAAGAAGAUGGAGCAGAUGGAACAAAUGCAACAGCCCCAGACGGUGCAAAUAUCACAUCGGAAAUGGUAUGUUUCGAAUCCGUAUAG